UAUCGUGGCGUCGGCAGCCAAGUGUGUAAACGUCCUUCAGCCCUUUGUCUUCCGGUAACGUGUCAGCCCGAUCCUGCAGCGUUCCAUCGUCCUCGAAAAGCGGCCCCAACUCCUACGGAAAUUCAGCAUUAUCGCGGUCAAGAAGCUGCCUACGCAAUUAAUGACUACGUCAUGAGAACGACGGCGGUCAAGAGAACGGACACCCGUCCUGUCGAUUCCGAAGGAGACGUGAAUUCGAGAUUGAACGAUCUGGAAAAUUUCCUCACCAAAUUCGACGACGAAGCCGAAGACGAAGGCGAAACCGAACAAGUCGAGAUAUCAGGAGUCAGCGAAAUAUCGAAGAUUUUAAAACCGAAGGUCCCGGCAUCGGUCAAGGCCAAACAACCCGACAAAAUUAUAAAACUUAGAGCUGUUAAAACAAAUGUAACUGAAACUAUCACAAGCCCCGAGAAAGUAAGUAAAUUAGAAGUAAAAGAAGCACCUGAAGAACCCUUAAACGUACUUUUACAAAAAUUAAAUAAAGAUAAUCCCAAACCAAAAGAAACGAAAAGUGACAAUGAAGUGAAACGAGAGUCGAAAUUUAAGUCAGUAAUGGGGAAGAAUAGACAGUUUUGUAUCGAACAAAAACCYCCACUUGACGAUAACUCGGCAUUGGAGUUGCACAAAUCGAAAAGUUAUAUCGUGAGUCUAAUUGAUAAAGCUUUAAGUAGAGAAUUGGGAACUGUUCCUGGCGACAAGUGCACGAGAAAAGAGUUUAUGACAAUGAGUCCUAAGAAAGCAAUCGAUUUGGUUAAUCGGCACACAUCUUCGACUAAAGGUGGAGAAAAAAACAUCAAUCUGGAUGUCGCACAAGCAGGUUCUUCAAAGAAAGACGAUCAGUGUGUUUGCAAAAACGAAGAGCCUUUAUACUUGAAGCAACUGAAACAACUCCGAUGGAGCCACCUGAGACACAUUCAACGCGAAGCCAAACGUCUUGCCGACUUGGAACGUUUCCUCGACUCGUUCAGCGAAGGAGAGAGUCCACCGUAAAAGUUUGAUAUAAUUUUUAUUUUACAAAAUUUAUACAAUAAACAACAAUCGUAUAA